UGAGGUUAGAAUUAAAAAGUUUGCCGCCAAUUUCUAAAGUGAUAGAUGUGUUAUUUUAAAGUUUUAUUUUAAUCAAGAAUUUUAGCUGAUUUGCCGUACAACAUGGAAAAUGAUGCAGUAGAAGGAAGAGCAAAGCGACAAAAGUUGGAUAAAACUGGCCGUUUCGCAGCUCUCCAAAAAUUAAAAGAGCAUAAACAAAGGGGAUCUAAGCAUAAAUACGAAGUUGAUAACAUAGAAAAUGUGUAUGAGGUUGUAGAUGAAAGAGAGUAUACGAAAGAAGUGUUAAAUAGGCAAGAAGAAAAUUGGAUUGUCGAUGAUGAUGGGAGUGGAUAUGUGGAAGAUGGUAGGGAUAUUUUCGAUGAUGAUUUAGAUUCAGCCUCAAUUGCUGCUGCUUCAAAAAGUAAAGGUUCAAGUUCGAAGAAAAGAAAAGCAGUAUCAGAAAAUGCAGGCAGAGGAAAUCUACAAUUCAUGUUAUCAAGUAUGCCAUCAAAAAAGAAAGAGACAGUUAAUUUGGGGGAAGAUGAUAUUUUAUCAGAGCUUAUUCAAGAAAUUGAUGUAAAUCAAUCCGAUUUAGAUCAAACCAGUAAUAAAACUUCGCUUUUAAAUGAAAAGCAAGCCGCUAAAAAUUACAUGAAUUCGUUUUCUGUACCAAAACCACCCAAAGUCACAUUAACUCCAAUGAAAAUGAAGAAAAUUGAAAAGCCAACAUCAAUGAAAAUCUUUAAAUCUGAGAGUAUAUUGGCAAAAGUUCAAAAUAAUCAAAGUAAAUCUGAUGCUAAAGUUGAAUCAAAAGAUGUUACUAAACCAAUUGAUGAACCUUUAGAUUCAUUUGAUGAUAUUGCAGCUGAUUUUGAUACAAAUGAUUUUGAUGCAAAUGAUUUUGAAUUAUUAGAUCAACUUGAAGACAGUAAAACUCCAAGAUAUGAAAAUUUACCACUUAAAUCGAACCAUAUUGAAGAACCAAGUCAAAAAAUUGGUAAUUCUCAAACUAAUAUUGAAUCAAGUCAAUUAAAUGAUGAAUAUAUGACCCAAAUUGAGGAGUAUAAAUCUGUAAAAGAGCAAGAUGAAACAAUUACAGAAGAACAAUUAUUGGAAGGUUGGAAUACAAUGAGAGAGGGUUGUAAUCAACAAGAAGAAAAUAUUCCAAUAGUAAAUGUUGAAAGUGGAAACAUUCCAUUACAAGAAAAUGAAGAUGGGAAAAAAGUUUUUAGGUUUUUUUGGUGGGAUGCUUUUGAAGAUCGUCGAAUUCAACCUGGAGUUGUCUUUUUAUUUGGUAAAACUUAUUGUGAAGUUGCUAAAAGUUAUGUAAGUUGUUGUGUUGCUGUAAGAAAUAUUUUGAGGAAGAUUUUUUUGCUACCUAGACCAACGUUUAAAUUUGAUUGUAACAAAGAAGUUACUUUAUUAGAUGUUUAUCACGAAUUUAAUAACAAUAUCAAAUUAGAUACAUUUAAAUCAAAGAAAACGACAAAAAAUUAUCCUUUUGAUCCAGAUGUUCCAUUACAAUCUGAAUAUUUAGAAGUCAGAUAUUCCGCUAAAUCACCUCAAAUUCCAGAAGAAUUCUUAUCAGGAAAUACUUACUCAAAAAUAUUUGGUUUAAAUACAAGUUACUUAGAAAUUUUGUUGUUAGAUCAAAAAAUAAAAGGUCCAUGUUGGUUAGAAGUGGCAGAGCCUGAAUCUGUAUCAAACAAAAUAAGUUGGUGUAAAUAUGAGGUGAAUUGUAACACAUCGAAUAAUUUAACUGUUAAAAGUUUCAUGAAAAACACACCUUCACCUCCGCCAUUAACAGUAGCCACUAUUAAUACAAGAACAAUCGUUAGUCAUAACACAAAAACUGGAAGUGCCAAAAAUGAAAUUGUUAUGAUUACUUGUUUGGUGCAAAAUAAAUAUUUCGUUGAUAAACAAGCACCAAAUCCGCCGUUUCAACAACAUUUUUGUGUUAUAACACGCCCUGAUGGCAAAGCACUUCCAUUAAAUUUUCACGAUUCCCUUCAAAAAUACAAAGGUACUCGAGUACAAAAAAUGGAUAGUGAAAAAGCUCUUUUAACAUAUUUUAUAAAUCAAUUAAAUAACAUCGAUCCUGAUUUAAUUGUUGGGCAUGAUUUACAAGGAUAUCAAUUAGAUCUUUUUUGUAAUAGAUUAACCCAAUUGGGUAUUCGCCAUUUCAGUAAAUUGGGGCGUCUUAAAAGGGGUGCAAUUCCUCCUCAUGGAAAAUUUGGAAAAGAACUAUUUUGCGGUCGUUUAGUUUGCGAUGUUAAAGUUUCAGCGCACGAACUUAUUAAAUCACGAUCUUAUGAUUUGGACGCGUUAUGCCAAACGGUUUUAAAAGUUCAAGAUGGAUCGCGAUUAAGUUUAGAAGUUGAAGAUAUAGGUAGGAUGUAUCAAAAUUCGCAAGAUUUAUUAAAAUUAAUCACACUAACCAUGCAAGAUACUGCGUUUAUACUCAAAAUCAUGUACGAAUUAAAUGUGAUUCCUUUAGCUUUACAAAUAACAAAUAUAGCGGGAAAUGUUAUGUCGCGAACCUUAUUAGGUGGUAGAUCGGAAAGAAACGAAUUUUUAUUAUUACACGCGUUCACAGAAAAAGAUUAUUUGGUUCCUGAUAAAGAAUUUAUGAAGAAAGUUAAUAAAGAUGAAACCGAUACUGAAAUACCUGCAUCAAAACGAAAAAAACCCACGUAUUCUGGUGGUUUAGUUUUAGAUCCAAAAGUUGGUUUUUAUGAUACACUAAUUUUAUUGAUGGAUUUUAAUUCGCUAUAUCCAAGUAUUAUCCAAGAAUACAAUGUUUGUUUUACAACGUUAAUCCAAAAUGGUGAUGUUAUAAGUUUUUCAAUGGCAAAUACGGGUGUUUUACCCACAGAAAUAAGAAAAUUAGUUGAAAGUAGACGUGAUGUAAAAAAAUUAAUGAAAAACCCAGAUUUAAAUAAAGAUGUUUACAUGCAAUAUAAUAUAAGACAAACAGCUUUAAAAUUAACAGCGAAUUCUAUGUAUGGAUGUUUAGGUUUUUCUAAUUCGAGAUUUUUCGCUAAACAUUUAGCAGCGUUUAUCACGCAAAGAGGAAGAGAAAUCUUAACAAACACUAAAGAUACAGUUGAAAAAAUGACUUUUGAAGUCAUUUACGGUGAUACCGAUUCGAUUAUGAUAAAUACGAAUUGUUUGGAUUACGACCAAGUUUUUAAAGUUGGCAAUAAAAUCAAAAUUGAAAUCAAUAAACUUUAUAAACAGGUUGAAUUAGACAUCGAUGGGGUUUUUAAAUAUUUAUUAUUAUUAAAGAAAAAGAAAUACGCAGCUGUUACACUCUCAAAAAUGAAAAACGGGCAACUUAAAGUUGCGCAAGAACAUAAAGGUUUAGAUAUCGUUCGUAGAGAUUGGUCCCAAUUAUCGGCAGAAGCGGGAAAAAUUAUUUUAAAUCAUAUUCUUUCUGACCAAACCAUCGAAGAAAAAAUAACAAACGUUCAGCAACAUUUAACUAAAUUAAAAAGUGAUUUAGAAGAAAACGUUGUGCCUUUACCCCUUUUGGUGAUUACGAAACAAUUAACAAAAAAUCCUAAAGAAUAUUCAGAAAAGAAUGCUUUAACCCACGUUCAAGUAGCUUUACGUUAUAAUUCUAAAGGUGGUAAACAAUUACAAAACGGCGAUACAGUUCCUUAUAUAAUAUGCGAAGAUGGAACAUCGAAUGCAGCUACACAACGCGGUUAUCACAUCGAAGAAUUUAAAAAUUCAACAACGUUAAAAUUAGAUGUUAAAUAUUAUUUAGCCCAACAAAUUCAUCCUGUUAUUUCAAGAUUAUGUAGUCCAAUACCGGAAUUAGACUCAUAUCAAAUUGCAAAUUGGCUUGGUUUGGAUACAACACAUUUUAAGAAACCUAAUAAUAACGAAUCCUCUUCAAUCAACAAAAAUGAUAUGGUUCAAUAUAAUGAUGAGAUUCGAUAUCGAAAUUGCGAACCUUUUAUUUUUACGUGUUAUUUUUGUAAACAUUUGAAUACAAUAACCGAUUUGAUUAUGGAUAAUCAACCAUUUUUAAAUAAGUGUAUGAACCAAGAGUGUAGUGUCAGACCUUUGGAUUAUUUAGGAAACGUUCAAAACCAACUUUCUCUAGCUAUAAAUAAAUAUAUAAGAAAAUUUUAUCAAUUUGAAAUGACAUGUGAGGAUCCAUCUUGUACAUAUGACACGAAUCAUGUUUCAACGCGAAUAUUCAAUAAAUAUACAGUUUGUAAAAUGUGUAAUGAAGCAGUUAUGUAUGUUAAGUAUCCAGCUAAAGAUCUUCAUAUGCAAUUGAUGUAUUUUCAAAAGUUGGUUGAUGUUGGUAAACAUUCUAAAAAACAUUUGGUUAAUUCAUCAUUAGAAGUAGGUUACAAUGCUUUAAAAGAAACCGUUGAUAGAAUGUUGAUACAUUCAAAUUUUAAUGUUAUAAAUUUGGAAGAAAUGUUUGCGCCGUUUGCGCAUAAAAAAGAAUACAAUGGAAAAACAUUGGAAACAACUAAAAUUGAAGAUGAAGAUUUUGAUGAUCCUGAAGAAAACGAUGAUGAGUAAAAUCGUAUUGUUUUUUAUUAAUGUGAGAUUUAUUUUUAAAAGAACUAUUUUAAUUUAUACUUGUAGUGAAGAUUAAAUAU